AUGCCUACACUUAUAUCUUGGCUCUGUUCGUAUCUAUCUAUCUCAAUCUGUUCAUAUCUAUAUAUCCAUCUCACCCUGUUCAUUAUGCAUCUAUCUGAUACUAUUCACACUUGUACUAUUCAUAUCUAUCCGUCAAUCCAUCUAUCUAUCUAUCUAUCUAUCUAUCUAUCUAUCUAUCUAUCUAUCUAUCUUACAAGGCUUUUUUCUUCUUUAAAUAGCCCACAAAGGGUUGACAAGCCAUCUAUUGAAAUUACACAAGCUCGUUCUAUUCGUUUUUAUCUAUCUAUCUAUCUAUCUAUCUAUCUAUCUAUCUAUCUAUCUAUCUAUCUCGUUCUAUUCGUUUCUCUGUUUUUACCCAGUUCUGUCCGUUUCUAUCUAUCUAUCUAUCUAUCUAUCUCGUUCUAUUCGUUUCUCUGUUUUUACCUAGUUCGUUUCUAUCUAUCUAUCUAUCUAUCUAUCUAUCUAUCUCGUUCUAUUCGUUUCUAUUCGUUUCUAUCUAUCUAUCUAUCUAUCUAUCUAUCUCUUUCUUUCUGCUCACCGCCAACUGCAGUUGAAUUUCCGUUGGCUUUACAAAAUUGCGGUUAUUCAUUCUUUCUUUACUCUUUGUCUUUAUGUGCUCGCCUUUCUCAAUUUGCUUUGCUCUCCUUUCUUUUUCUACACGCUUUACUCUGUUCUCUUUUAUACUUACUCUCCGUUUUUUUUCUUUCUGUAAUCUCCAUUAUUCUAUCCUUGCUCUCCUUUCCAUUCUUACAUUGUUCCCUUUCUUUGUUUUACAAAGAUAAAAGUUUAAAAACAGAAAGAAAAAGCUUUUCUGUCUUUACACCUUUAUCUUUGCUCUCUAUUUUUUUUAUUUUUUGCACUUUAUCCUCGCUCUCCUUUUUUGCUAUUCCAUUUGCUCUCCUUUAUUUCUCCGUUCUCUUUUCUUUCGUCUCUAUUUCUUUGCUGGCCUACUCUCUUUUCUUUAUCAUUUGUUCUCUCUUUCCUUCUUUCUUUGUCCUCCUUUAUUUCUUUACUCUCUUUUCUUUCGUACCCUGCUCUCUCUCUCUCUCUCUCUCCUACCCUAAUUUCAUUUCUGCUUUCUUCAUUCAUUUCACAAAGGUUCGACCUCUGAAUUUAACCGCUUUCCUUUAUCCACUGAUUGUCUUCUCUAUUUUUACUCUCUCUUAUUUUCCUUCCUCUCAUCAACCUACCCCUUGUUCUAUCUCUCUCUCUCUCUCUCUCUCUCUCUCAUGCCUCCCAUUCCUGAUUUGUUGCCCGUCUUUUUCUCCUUCUCUUUAA